CCUAGAUUUCCAACAGUCGACUGUUCUUUUGCGUCUCUGAUUGUCACUCUCGCUCCCCUCUCUCUCAAAAACCCUAAAAUCCCGCUCUUUCUCAAAAAUCUCCCCAAAACCCUAAUCCUAACCCUAACGAUCUCUCUCUCUCUCGACAGAGAGAGACGAUUGCACUUCAAAGGGUACGCUCAAGCCCCAUUCCCCACUGAAGAAACCCGAGAAAUCCAAUCGAUCCAGAGAAUCUCCUCCAGAAUCAAACCGCUAGAUGCAAAAAUCUCACUGAAUCCGGUCGCUUCUAGGCCGAAAUCGAUGGAUUCCGUGUCUUUGACCAUUGAUACAAUCUCUGCAGCCGCAGAAUCAGUCGAGGUCGCGCUGCCCAAAGGAACGGACGGAUCGAAGUCGCCGUGGAAGAAACCGGGGGCAUCGGGCGGGAGGCGGAGAGUGGAAUCACCUAAGGUGAUGGGAGCGGAUUCUUGGCCUGCACUCGAUGAAGUUCGGCCCAGGAGUUCAGACAAUGCGGCUAUGGGAUCAGUUGGGCUGCAUAAAUCAGAUGGAUUUGGAAGCAGCAAUCGUCCAAACAGACAUCAUCAGAAACCAGGUGCCAAGCGUAAUGUUCCUCCAAAUGGUUUCCCUCCCUUUCCUAUUCCCUUGCCCUACCACCAACCACCGAUGGCACCUGUCUUUCACCCUCUUAUACCAGCACCACGUCUCCCGGUUCAUGAGUAUGCUUAUCGGCCUUAUCCUAGGCCUUUUCCAAAUCCAGAGCCUCAUAUGGUAAAAUCCGGAUGUGAUACUCACAUGCAACCUUUCAUACCUCCUGGUCAAGGUGGUGGUCUUGAUGCCAAUAGAAGCUUCCAUCCACUUGCUCCCCCACGAGGUGACCCCAGUGGCAAUUUCGCUAGCAGACAAUAUAACGUCCAAGAACCUGGCACCCAUUUUAAUCAUGCAUGGCGUCAUGGAGCAUUUAAUCCCAGAGAUGACUUCAAUAUGCAACAGCCAAGGGCUUUUGUCAGGCCACCUCCUGCAUUUUUUGGUCCAGCUCCAGGGUUCAUAAAUGGUCCAGGUUUCCCUGGCCCCACUCCUAUGUACUGCGUUCCGGUUGUUCCUCCAGAAUCUGUUGGGGCUCCUCGUUAUAAUUCACAUCCUACACAUCCCAUGCAUUCUAUGCAAACAACGGAUGCACCAAGUUUGAGGGCUAACUUGGUAAAACAGAUUGAGUAUUAUUUCAGUGACGAAAAUUUGCAGAAGGACCCCUACUUGAUUUCCUUACUGGAUGAAGAAGGAUGGGUUUCUAUAUCAAAAAUUGCUGAUUUUAAUAGGGUUAAGAAAAUGACAACAAACAUACCUUUUAUCCUGGAAUCUUUGCUGGGCUCAAGCACUGUAGAGGUUCAGGGUGACAAGAUACGAAGACGCAAUGACUGGUCAAAGUGGCUUCCAACUUCAGGACAUCGUACAUGUUCGUCAAAAUCUCAGACUUCACAAAGCCAAGGUGAUGAGAAUGCCACUGUUGUUGUGACUAAUGAUGAUUUAAAUGAAGGAAAUACAAGCAGGAUCUCCAAAGAAAGCAUGGAAUCCCCAUCAUAUAGUGAAGGCCAGGACGAACACUUACCUUCAGAGGAAGAUGCGCCAGGAAUGGCUCCCAGGAUGACUUCAGAAUGUAAUAUUGUGAAUCUGCUGCUUGCCGAUGAACCACAUGAAUCUCAUGGAAAGGCUGGAGAUUUAAACAGGAGAGUCGAUUCUGUAUCAUGUCCAGAAACCAACACUAAUUGCUGUGUUAGCUCUGUCUAUUCACAGGGAAUCACCAAUCCUUCAUAUACUACUGAUCCUACAUCAAAAGAAGAGGCAGUGGUAUCAGGCUUGACAACUGCCAUGAAGAACCUGGGCAGCAUAUCAAAUGAUUUUGUAAACGAACCUUCUGGAUUUACAGGAGAACUGAGCACCUUCCUGCUUGAUGAGGAGCUGGAAUUGGAGCCUUCAUCAUCAAGAAAAGAUCUUUCAUCUACAAGAAGGAUUGAUGAUGAAGAUGAUGAAAUGGAUAUGAAUGACCAAGAUGUGCAGAGACUUGUAAUUGUUACCCAGAAUAUCAGGAUAGACGAUGAUGAAAGAACUGGUGCUAGAGAAUCUGGGCCUAUCUCAAAUGAGCUUGCCACUGCAAUCAAUGAUGGCCUUUAUUUUUAUGAACAGGAAUUGAGAGCUAAACGAUCUAAUGGUAGAAGGAACCCCUCUGGUUUAGAAACCAAGGAUGGAGAUUAUAAAUAUGUUAUGCUUGGACCUGGCGUACUAAACUCAGCAACCAAUAAUAUUUCUACUGGAAACUGCAACUCCGAGGAGACUGGGCAUUCUAAUUCCCGGAGGAGGCAAACUAAAGGUUUUAACAAGCAACAGCCAUCCCAUAAACAACGGCUAUUUCUAAGCAGUUUUAGGAACCAUGGGAAUGGGCGAAAUCGUCAUGGCAUCAUAUCUGAAAGCCCACCAAGCAAUUCAAUUGGCUAUUUCUUUGGGUCCACACCACCUGAAAAUCAUUGCCUUUUGCCUUCAAAGUUGAGUGCUUCUCCUCAUAGCAUCCUUUCCGGGAGUAGCCCGCCAGUGGGUUCUAUGCCAAAACCUUUCCCACCGUUUCAACAUCCAAGUCAUCAGCUUUUGGAAGAAAAUGGUUAUCGACAGCAAAAGUAUGUGAAGUACCACAAGCGCUGUCUAAGUCACCGGAAGAAAAUGGGAAUUGGUUGCAGUGAGGAAAUGAACACGCUGUAUCGCUUUUGGUCAUAUUUCCUCAGAGAUAGGUUUUAUCCUUCCAUGUAUAACGAGUUCCGGAAGCUAGCGCUAGAAGACGCAGUCGCUAAGUAUAAUUAUGGACUAGAAUGCCUUUUCAGGUUUUACAGCUAUGGCUUGGAGAAGCAAUUUAGAGAAGACUUGUACGAGGAUUUUGAGCAGCUCACCUUAGAAUUCUACCACAAGGGCAAUCUUUAUGGCCUCGAAAAAUACUGGGCGUUUCACCACUAUCGGGACAAAAUGAAGCCCCUAAAGAAGAACCUGGAACUGGAUAGGCUGCUGAGAGAAGAAUACCGCAGCUUGGAUGACUUCAGGGCCAAGGAAAAGGCGGAGAGAGCAGCAAGGGAGAGCAGCAGCAGCAACAUCAGCGGUUCCAGCGACAGAGAGAGAGAGAACCCACCACCGGCUGAGGCCAAAAACAGGUCCAGUUUGGGCAGGGAAUUGGAGCUAACUGCACACUAAGCAAAGUGGUGGGAAAGAGGGGGUUGGUUGCGAGAGGUUGAGACGUUUGUCUUCAAGCGGCGUAAAACUCGAAAAUAUUAUAAUUUCUCCUGUCGUUCUCAGUCUGGUAUUUGGCCCUUGGGGCAUUUUUGUGCAGAUUUUGGAGUAUUCAGAAGAGAGGAAGGAGAAGGCCGCGUUGGAUUAGAUUUUUCGAAUUCAGGGGUGUACAUAAGGCAGGAAAAAAAAAACAAAAAAACAAAAAAAAAAAAAAACAAAAUAAUGGCUGUAUCUGGGAUUUUGGGGAUUGUCAUUGACCAAUAAGUAACUGGAUUUCGGCCAGGUCAGCUUGCUAUUAUUGUUUUAUCGUUGGCCUGAGGGGUGCUUUUAAUUAUCAGAAAUAUCAGCAAUUAUCAUGCCGAUAAUGACAUGGUUUUUGCUGAUUCAC